GGAGCCGGGCUUCAUAAAGAUUAAACUCAGGAGAAUCGAUUGCUGAAAACACAAAACGGGAAGCAUCGCAAAUUUAUUCGAAUCUCCGUCGAUAUAGUACAGGAAGAGCUUUUAUAAUGAGUAGAGGGAGCGGAGGAGGUUACGAUCGUCACAUCACGAUCUUCUCCCCGGAGGGUCGCCUCUUCCAAGUCGAGUACGCGUUCAAAGCCGUGCCAAAUGAGGUAACAAUAACAAGUCAUGAUCAUGAUGAUGGCUUUUGUUUGAAUCUGCAAAAUAUUUCAUAUUUUUUGAAUGGAUCUCAAAGUUUUGGGAGCUAACAUGCUCCGUGUUAUGAACAUGCAUACAUAUAGGAUUUGAGAAAUUAGUUUUUGCAUAGACAUUGAUAAGAAUGAUUUGUUAACUUGCAAACGGUUAAAGAAGUUAUUUUACAUGUUAUCCAAUCUAAAGCAACUCGUCCAAAGUACCAUAAUUUGCUUUUGUUCUCUCAUUUGGAGUUGUAUUUCAGAAGAUGCAUAACAAAUACCAGUAUCAUUUCAAGUUGGUUUGUUUUUAGCAGCUUGGAUGGAGAGCAGUGAGAACACCCUUUCCGCAAGCAUGUAGACGUAAUUCUUUUUGAAGUUCUUCCUUUCAAGGAAGCAUAUCGACAGAUGUUACAUGAUACUCCGUAAAUUAUAUCUUGAGAAAUUAUAACAUGGACAUAUUCCACUUGAAUUGGGGAUGAAUUUAGGUUUUAUGAUUGAUGCUCAAUCGCAUGAAAUUGGAUUCCAUUUAAUUGUCCAAUCUUGUUCCCUUUAAAUUUUUCUCUUUCAUGGUGAUGUGCCCUCGCCACAUAUGCAACACCACUUGUUAGAGGUCUCUCAAGACUUGUCAUUUUUGCGUGUCUUGCAAAAGUCACUUUUGUGACUGUUUUUUAUAGUCACCUAAGACAAGGUUUCUUUGAGUCAUAGGAUGAGGUAGGCAUUUUGAUUAUUAGUUACAAAUUUACAAUCAUUUCCGCCACCGCUCUCUCCACUACUGCCUGAAACAUUUUCCAUUUUGUUACAACUCUAAUCCCUUCCAUGUGGCCACCUACAACGCCAACACCGCUUCUAACAACAUUGCAUAUACUGUCUUUGACACUUUAACUCUUUUACUCCAACUACCGUUGCACAUAACCCCCAGAAACCUUGUUCUAGGCAAUUCUAUAAAAAGCAAAAAGCACCCUGUUCUAAGCAAUUCUGUAAAAGCACAACUUUUGUGAGAUACAAACUACAAAGAAAUGACAAUUUUUGAGAAGCCUCUUACUUGUGGUGUUGCAUAUGGUGUAAGGGUACCUCACUUUAAACAUGUAGUGUUUGUAAGGGUACAAGGUUUAAUAACUAAGAGAAUGGAACCCAAUUCCAUGAAAAUGUGUAUAAUGCAGAUAACUUGAAGUCAUCACUGAAUAUUCACCUAAUAUUUGUGUUCAAUAUAAAAUUGCUCAUGUAGUAUGUGUCGAUAACCUCUCUAAAAAAGAGGAUGGUAAAAAUGUAUUGCGCGAAAGAGCCUAAAGAAAGGGUGUUCUGAGUU